UGGGGCAGCUCGCAAUGCCGAGCCCAGCUGGACGAAAUCUUUUUCCGGGAGCAUGACUACAUCCAGGCUGGCAGCUCUGAACAUAAAGAGUUCUGGGCUUUCUUUGAGCGCUUCCAGAGGUUUAAAACGAAGAGAGACAUGUCAGGCGCUGAAAUCAGAAAGGAGGACAAAGGCAAAGGGAGGGACAGGGGCAAGGUGGAUCUUGGCCUUCCCAAAGAGUACGAUGCUCGCUACCGGAUUAACGUAUCUGUGUGCACCAGGGACAUCGAGGAGCGCAUGGGGAAAUCAGAGCAUAGAAGCAGACAGAGGUCCUCCGGACCAGGGGCUCAAGAGGUCUCCGACUGCCGCCUGGCGCUCCUGCAUUUCCUGGAUUUCAGCCAGAAACAGAGUUUUGGAAAAAUUGCCAAACUUCGCCGGGAGCAGAAGAACCUGCCCAUCUUCCAGUACCGGGAUCGGAUAGUGGAGCUGGUGCGAAUUCACCCAGUGGUUGUAGUGGCAGGGGACACGGGCUGUGGAAAAUCAACCCAAGUCCCUCAGUACCUUCUCUCUGCUGGCUUCGAUAACAUCGCCUGCACCCAGCCUCGGCGCAUUGCCUGUAUAUCCCUCGCAAAGAGAGUCAGCUUUGAGAGCCUCAAUCAGUAUGGAUCAAAGGUGGGGUACCAGAUCCGCUUUGAGACAAGUCGAACCGCAGCAACCAAGCUGCUGUUCCUUACAGAGGGGCUGCUGCUUCGACAGAUCCAGCAGGACAGUACGCUGGCUCGGUACCAGGUUGUGAUUGUUGACGAGGUCCAUGAGAGACACCUCCAUUGUGACUUUCUUCUCGGGGUCCUGCGUUCUCUGCUGGCUGACCGCCCAGACCUACGUCUCAUCCUCAUGUCAGCCACCAUCAACAUCAAACUGUUCUCUAACUAUUUCAGUGGUGCUCCUGUACUGCAGGUCCCAGGCAGGCUGUUUCCUAUUCAGGUUAUUUACCAGCCCAUUCCUCCUGAAGAGCAGUCCUCAAAGUCUGAGAAACUGGAUCCUAGACCGUAUCUGCGCAUCCUGCAGGGCAUCGAUCAGCGUUACCCCCCAGAGGAGCGUGGUGACCUGCUGCUCUUUCUUAGCGGCGUGGCAGAGAUCUCCACCAUCCAGGAGGCCUGUCAGAUUUAUGCCACACACACACGUCGCUGGAUAAUCUUAACACUGCACAGCACCCUCUCAAUUGCUCAGCAGGAUAAGGUGUUUGAUAUUGCUCCUCCUGGGGUGAGAAAGUGCAUCAUCUCUACCAAUAUUGCGGAGACAUCAGUCACAAUAGAUGGAGUGCGCUUUGUUGUUGAUUCAGGAAAGGUGAAAGAAAUGAGUUUUGACCCUAAAGCCAAGAUGCAACGCCUACAAGAGUUCUGGAUCAGCCGAGCCAGCUCUGAGCAGAGAAAAGGUCGAGCUGGUCGUACGGGUCCGGGCGUUUGCUACCGGCUCUACUCAGAAUCUGACUACAAUGCUUUCGCACCUUAUCCUGUGCCUGAAAUCCACAGAGUUGCUCUGGACUCCCUCAUUCUUCAGCCCCUGCAUAGCAACCAAGGAGACCCCUUUACCCUCCUCAACACUUUCAAUGCCUGGGUGGAGGUAAAAGGGGAGAGAGGUGGUGGAUCAAGAAAAUGGUGCAGAAGGAGAGGCUUGGAGGAGCAGCGGCUGUAUGAGAUGGUGAACCUACGCAGACAGUUCAAGGACUUGCUGAGGAGCCACAGCCUGCUGGAAUCAGAAGAUAGCACUCCCUCUGGUGGUGACCGUGUGCAACGCAGGGAGAGGCUAACUGAGAGGAGAAAGCUGCAUCAGCUGAAGAGAGAUCAUGAACAGCAGGAGGGAAGCAAACGUAAAGUCCUGAGGUUGGAGGAGGGUCAGGAAGGAGACUCUUCAGGAUCAGACACAGAGGAAACAGGAAGGUCUAAGAGGAACAAGGAGGGGUCUGGACAGAACUUGGACAUACAGGAGGUGAAGUUCAAGUUACGGCAUAAUGUGUCAGAGCUGCAGGAGGCUGUCAGUCAGGACCUGUCCUCACACCAGCAGGCUUUGCUCAAGCUUCUGCUUUGCAGAGGCCUGUACCCUCAGCUGGCACUGCCCGAUGAACACAACUCCACCCGCAAAGACUCUGACCAGGUGUUUCACACAAGGAAUAAGCAAGGAGUGGUGAUUCACCCAACCAGUGUGUUUGCCAGUGACCCAGAAGUGUUACAGGUGCCUGAGGGUGACACUGGAGAAAUGGGACCUGAUAGGAGAGACAGCACCAAACACCAGCUGUUAGCCUUCGUCACUCUGUUGGAGACCAACAAACCCUAUUUGUCAAACUGUGUGCGGGUUCCAGCGCUGCAAGCGCUGCUGCUGGUAGCAAACUCAGUGGACACUAACGCUGACUGUACGCGACUAGUGGUGGACGGCUGGCUGGAGUUGGAGCUGAAGGAGCCAGAGGAGGCUCUGAAGGUGCUGUCCACAGCGCUUACUCUCAGGGCUGAGUGGGAGCGCCUGCUGCAGGCCCAGCUGGGACAGAACUCAACAGGGGGAGCAGCAGCCGGGCAGGGGGUGUCCCGCAGAGUUGUGCAAAAGCUGAGUGAAAGCCUGGUCCGCUUUCUGCUCUACACUGAGGUCAGUUAUAGCCUUCGGCGACUCUCAGCUUUCCAGACCCAGAACCUGUACAUUGGUCCUCAGUCUGAGUCUGUGUCGUCGAACACUAAAGCUGGAGAUUUAAACCCGCUGUUUCCAGGAGCCGAGGCCAAGCCAGACCCCAUUAAAGGAGGCCUACGUGUCACCAACUUUUUCACCUACAACUGUCUGGCUGAUUCAAAAGACCUCUACAGUGAGUGCUUACGUACUUUCUGGAGCUGUCCCAACUGUGACCUGUACAUGCCUCUAACUCCACUGGAAAGAAUGCAUCAUGAAGCUUCCUGCAGGCCGGCUGGAGAACAGCAGCAGCCUGAGGAAGAGCCAGAGGGUGGAAAAGCAGGCUCUUCAUCAGUGUCAAGCCUUACCAGAGUUUAUCACUGUGAUGUGUGCAAUCAAGACCUGACCCUCACCUCCACUGAGAUCCUCAAACAUAAAAGGCAGCACAUGUAUUCUGCAAAGUAAUGGACCCCUGCAUCCAAAGGAUAACAGCUAACCACAGUUUUGGUGGUGGUUGUGGGGGGUGUUGUUUUGUUUUUUGUUUUGUUUUUAUUUUAAUGGAAAAUUAGUGUCUUCUUCCUCCCUUUUUAAUACUUGUGGAUCUUUUUUUAAGGCAAUGUUCCUGCCCUCUAGUGGUCACUUGUUAUAUUCUGUUGUAGCUUACUGUAAAGUCCUGUUCCUGUAGGAGAGAUGCAGAUUUAUAAAACUAGUCUCCUUCAUUUUUUUUUUUUUUUUUU